AUGGACAGCGAUUCAAUCCACCAAAUUCCAGAAAUUCUUAAGCUAAAAUCAGAAAUCAAAUUAUAUUCAUCAACCCAUCCAAUUCCCUCCUUCAAAAGCUCCGCUUUCGCUACCUCAGUUCACCGCAUUUUUAGAGUUAAUGCCACCGUUACCGUCGAGUCCCCGUCGUAUUCCGCCACUGGCGGCGGAGAUGACACGCGGAAGCUGCUGCUCCAAGUGAAGGACCUGUCUGCUGUGAUAGCUGAAUCGAGACAGCCCAUUCUCAAAGGCGUUAACCUCACUGUCUAUGAAGGCGAGGUACAUGCUGUAAUGGGAAAGAAUGGUUCUGGAAAGAGCACUUUUGCCAAGGUUCUUGUUGGGCAUCCAGAUUACAAAAUUACUGGAGGCAAUGUGUCAUUUAAAGGUGAAAAUCUUCUUGAGAUGGAACCUGAGGAAAGAUCUCUUGCUGGGGUUUUUAUGAGCUUCCAGUCUCCAGUUGCAAUACCUGGAGUGAGCAAUAUAGACUUUCUUAAUAUGGCAUAUAAUGCUAAAAGGAAAAAACUUGGACAGCCAGAGCUUGGACCAAUUGAGUUCUAUGGGCAUAUUGCCCCAAAGCUUGAACUUGUGAAUAUGAAGAUAGACUUCUUGAACAGAAAUGUCAAUGACGGAUUUAGCGGUGGAGAAAGGAAGCGCAAUGAGAUUUUGCAAUUAGCGGUUCUUGGAGCAGACUUAGCAAUACUUGGUGAAAUUGAUUCGGGUUUAGAUGUUGAUGCACUUCGAGAUGUGGCAAAGGCAGUAAAUUGGCUUCUGUCCUUUAAGAAUUCUGUGUUGAUGAUCACACAUUAUUUGAGAUUGCUAGAGUUUAUCAAGCCAACCUAUAUUCAUAUCAUGGAGGAUGGGAGAAUUAUCAAGACUGGAGAUAUUUCAAUAGCUGAAGUUCUGGAGAAAGAAGGGUACAAGGCAAUUUCUGGCACAUAGGAUACGUAGUGAAGAGAGGCCCUCCAUACAACAUUUUUUGCGUUUCUCAUCAGCUCUGAGUAAAUUUCGCGUUGGGAUAUCUUGUGAUAGCAUUGGGUACCCUUCUUGUAAAUUUUGUUUCCUAGUCCAGUUAUACUUGUUGAGACUUGCUUUUUGGCUAAUUGAUAUGUCAGAGAUUAGUCAUUUCAUCUUCUCAAACACACUACAUGAUAUUCUAGUUUAUGAUACCAUAGGAAAAAAGGGUACCUUUUAUUGAAAUUUUGAGUUUUGCCA